AUGCCAUCCAGAGCUGAUAACACAACUUUCGGCUAUACUUACCAUCUACCGGCUGGAGGAUGGUCUGCCAAAAUACGCAACGCAUUGUCACAGUUUUCUGACAUAUUCAGCGAGUUUGACAAAUAUAUAGCGCCUGCCUACCACCAUGACAGGUGUGAACGGUCAGUUCAAAUGAGGCUCUAUACAAUGCAUAAACGAGAAUUUGUAAUGGUUUUUAUAACGUUUUUCACUUGUUUUGGAUUAGGCAUAUUUGUUGGUCUUGCAGGUCCUCCCAUAACCUUAACCACCGAAGUAGAUGGAGUCUCUUUACUGCCAAAAAAUAACAACACCAACCCCAAUAUAAAUAAAAAUAUAGCGACGGGACCGUUUAUUAUGAAAACGCCGAAAUUAUCGACAUAUUCUCAGCAGUUGUGGAUUAUUGCUAAAUUGUCUACAGAAAACACAGAUGGUGAAAUAAUAGACAAGAAGUUCAAAAUAUCUGUGGGCAUAUCAGGCUUAACUGAGGAACAUAAACCGGUCACUGUUCUGGAUUUUAAUGCAAAUAAUAGAACAAGGCACCUAAAAUGUGAAAAACAACAUUGUGAUGAAUUCAUAGUGCUGCAUUUGGGCUUUUUAGAUUAUACACAUUAUAUUAUAACAGUCAAUUUCUACGGGCUGGAAGCAUUCCAUUCAAGAUACAAUAUCAACGAGUUAUUUUUCUAUUUUAAAACCUACAAUCCAGGAUUUACUCAGAUUGAGAUAUGGUUCAGAUUUAUAUUUUUGGUAUUCACUUUCGUAGUAACGUGCUGGUAUCAACAUACUUUAAGAAAGUACCCAAUGUAUGAUUGGUCAAUUGAGCAAAAGUGGAUGUCUAUUUUGUUACCAAUGUUGAUGGCAUAUGACAACCCAGUAUUUCCAAUGUCUUUCCUGAUAAACUCGUGGAUUCCCGGCAUGAUCGACGCCAUGGCUCAAGCUACAUUCCUGUGUGCGUUACUUUUGUUCUGGCUGUGCAUUUAUCACGGGCUAAGACAGAAUGAAAGACAUUUUUUGACAUUUUAUCUGCCAAAAGUCUUUAUUGUGGCUAUGCUAUGGUUCCCUGCCAUAAUAUUAUCAACAUGGGAUAGGAUAAAUGAACUAGAAGAUCCAACCUACAACCAUGUCGUAGAUACAUCUAACUUUUAUAUUGUUAAAGCAUUUUUCUACAUUUUUGGAGUCGUAUAUUUAUUGUAUUUAUCAAUUUUGAUAUUGAGGGCUUAUACAGAAUUAAGAUCGAUGCCGUUUUUUGGUCUUCGAUUGAAAUUUUUAACCUUAUUAAUGUUGGUGGUACUGAUAAUAAGCUGCGUCAUAACAGUACUGAGAUUUGGUGUGGGCGUUUUGGAAGACAACUUUGUUGCACAACUGUCAACGCACUAUAGUAAUUCUUCUCAGUUUAUGUCGUUCUAUGGAUUAUUAAAUUUCUACCUAUAUGCAAUGGCAUACGUGUAUUCCCCAGGAAACAGAAACAUACACGAUAUUGGUAUAACAAAAGAUAACCCAGCAUUCUCCAUGAUCAACGACUCAGAUGAAGACGUCAUCUAUGGAUCAGACGAAGAAAGUAGACGGCCAUUAAACAGAUCGAGAAAUGACGACGACAGUGAUUAG